AUGGAAAAUAAACAGCCUCCAUCUAAAAAGAAAUUAUUACAUACAACAGAAGAAAAGUUCGUUCGCAAAAUUGACUACGAUUCUUUGAAGCAAAUUUCAAAUUUAGAAAUAACUCAGAAUCGUUCCAUAGAUUUAAAACCAUCUCAGAAAGUACUGGUUUCCAUAAAACCGAGGUCUCAUGGUAUCAAAACAUUAUACAUUGCUGAAAAAGAUAGAUUUAACACGAAUAAGAUUAAAUUACUCGCUGAUACAAAUGAUUACAACUUUGUAGAUUCAGCUAAUUGUGACGAAAAUGAGAGCGAUGUUUUAACAGACCAAUAUAGUAACAAUCCCGAAUUUUCAACAAACCAGAACAAAAGAAGCCAUUCGGGAAUUGUGUCGAAAUGCUUAGAUUCUACUACUUUAUGCCAAGAGUAUAACCCAAAUAAUCGAAAAAUAGAUUGUAGUGAAAAAUGUUAUACGUACGCUCAACCUCAUCAAAUUAUGAACCUUCCUAAGGUUAAUGAAUUGAAAGAAAAUAAGAAUAAAACGAAAAAAGUUGAUAAGGAAACGCUAACUGCAACGAAUUCGUCGUCUGAGGAUAUAUUAAUUUCUACUCGUAUUGUGAAAAAGUUGCAAAAAAGAAUAAAUUAUUUGGAACGUAAAAUUUUAAGACAAGAAAUGGUAUUUCGAUCUAUGGAUCCAAAUUCAACAACGUCUUCAUCAGAUGAGGAAAUGAAAGAAAAUAUAGUGAGAUCUAUCUCUAUAACGGGUCCUCCUGGAUGUAGUUACAUAGAGCAGUACAGCCAUAUUCCUGAAACAUCAGCCUUUCAGAGGUACACACAACAAUCUACGUCCGCGUCUGUUAAUAAAGCUACAAAUAUUGCCAAGAGUCAUAACUCAGAACAAUAUGGCCGGGAUUUUACUGCUUAUGAUGGUAUCACUGCUCGUGGCAGACGACAAAGCUCUUCUGUUCCAGGAAAACGGGAUGACAUUCCAAAAAUGGCCGCUGAAAGAGUUCAUAAGAUUCGUCACAAAUUAAACCCUGUCCGUGAUUAUAGACUGAUGGACACUGUUCACUAUUUAGCUCAAGGUGAGUUCGCACCAAGGGAUGAUGGUAUAAAAUUAACACCUUCGCGAGAAGCAGUACUAAGUGACAUUAUAUGGGAAGAUGUUUGUCGGACGCAUUGGCCUAAUGCACGACUGGGACGUCGCCAGCAUUCGGAUCGAUAUAACAGUAGAUUCGAGUUACAGCGCCUUAUCGAUAAUCUCCUUAGAGAAAGGGUUGCACAUGUUGAAAGAAGACGACGACGUCAUUAUAGAAUCGUAAAACUUAACCAUAGGCAUGAAAACUGUAGGCCAGUUGGUAAAACUGGUGACAUAAUUGUAGCGAGUCAUAAGAGUAAGCAGUCAAAUGAAGAUAGAGAUAUUCCAACAAUAAAUAAAAAAAUUGCCAGUGCCAUCCUUACAAAUAAUAAUGACGAAGAGCACAAUCCCCGCAGGAACCCAAAAAGUCAUGACCGACUCACAUAUCCUUGGUCACGUAAGAAACGACAUAAGCAAGAUGACUGUUCGCCUGGACCCAGUUCAGCCGUAUAUCAUUCUGCAACUAGAAAAGAUUCAGCUUGUUGCAAUCAAGUUACGAAUCCCAGUAACACUACAAAGUAUAAAGAAACGAAACAUGAAAAUGUCAAGGAACAAAUAAGCGGUAAUAAUAUAUCUAACAGCAAGGUAAAUACAAAAACUCCCCGCUUGUUAGUCAAAAAAGAUUCUUUGCGUCGAAAACAUUCUGCUAAAAAUAAACCAAAUUUGGAACGUUAUAUUCUCUUGCCGACCUUAGUGGUACGUACUCCCUCAAAUGUAAAGCGCCAGAAGAAAUUCAAUGAAUUAUACCACCGCGUGUUAAAUGUACAAUUUAAUAAUGAAAGAAAUGAUGCCAUGACCCCGGAAAGUACUCAAAAAUGUCUUAACCCAAGUAAAAAAGACAUUGGUAUAAAUAUCAACGUCAUUUUAUCUAGCAGCGAAGAAAGUUUUAAUCGUAACUAA